UUUCCCUUAUUUAGGAAGGAGCUGCCUCUAUAUUCUUCUUCUAGUUGCUCUUGGUAAGAUAUAAAAUGGCUUUGUUUCUCUCUAUUUCUUUAGCACUCAUUCUCAGUUUCAGCCAUGCUCCAACUACUUCUGCUGCUGUUCCUCCUCAGCCUCGGCCUCUUGACGGGCUUGUGGAGAAUGGAAACUUUGAACAAGCACCAGCAGAAGCAAAUCUAAAGAAAACAGUAAUCGUAGGAAAAUACUCACUGCCAAAGUGGGAAAUCAAUGGCCUGGUGGAAUAUGUCUCAGGUGGGCCACAACCAGGUGGGUUCUACUUAGCCAUUCCUCGCGGGGCUCAUGCAGUGAGGCUAGGCAAUGAAGCCUCCAUCUCUCAGAUUUUGAAUCUCAAGCCAGGGUCAUUCUAUGCCUUAACAUUUGGUGCAACAAGGACCUGUGCCCAAGACGAGGUGCUUAGGGUCUCGGUACCUGGGCAGUCAAGUGACGUUCCUCUUCAGACCCUUUAUAGCAGUGACGGUGGCGACACUUAUGCCUUGGCCUUCGGAGCGAUCUCUAAAGCUGUUCAGGUUACGUUUCAUAAUCCUGGUAUCCAAGAGGACCCUUCUUGUGGACCACUUCUGGAUGCUAUUGCAAUCAAGGAAAUGCGACCUCCCAGUUACACUGAAGGUGACCUAGUGAAGAAUGGCGGGUUUGAAGCUGGACCUCACGUGUUCAAGAACUUCUCGACAGGAGUGCUCCUCCCACCAAAGCAGCUGGACCUCGUUUCACCGCUUCCUGGCUGGAUAAUCGAAUCUUUGAAACCAGUAAAAUACAUUGACAGUAAACAUUUCUUUGUCCCGUCAGGAUUCGCCGCGAUCGAAUUGGUAGCAGGAAGAGAAAGCGCAAUCGCACAAGAAAUCAGAACAAUUCCUGGGAAAUCCUACAACCUUAGGUUUACCAUUGGGGACGCAAAGAAUGGAUGCCAUGGAUCAAUGAUGGUGGAAGCAUUUGCUGCUAAAGAAACACUGAAAGUUCCUUUUGAAUCACAAGGGAAAGGUGGAUCAAAAACCGCAAGUUUCAAGUUCCAAGCAAUUGCUGCAAAAACAAGAAUUACGUUCUAUAGUGCUUAUUAUCAUACCAAGUUAAAUGAUUUUGGUCACAUGUGCGGUCCUGUUUUGGAUGAUGUUAUAGUAUUUCCUCUUACUCACUAGUUUUGAUAAUCUCUGAAAUGUUUUUUCUUUUUUUUUUUCUUGAGUCAAGAGGGUUUGUUUUUAGUCUUGAGGAUUGAUUGUGGAACUGUGAAAAUGGGUCAUUGGAGAAUCUUUUUAAUCCAUAAUUACAUGUUAAAAUUUCUGUUUAUAAGACAUUAAUCAACAUUCAAGAACAAAUUAUACUCA